CCAUAGUAAUUUUAUAAUUAUCCGAGAAAAUAAUUUAAUUACUUUUUCUUCUGUUUGUUGCCGUAGAAAAAUCUCCCCUUACAGAAUAAACCACAAUCUUUCCGCUUUGGAACUAUCCGAGCUGAAAUAACGUGCAGGCGAUUUAAUCUUCUGCGACGAUCAUACGUUCAGCCCUGCCUUUCGUGCAGCCUAUACUUCUAUAUAGCUAUUUACCUUGACGCGCUCGCCGUCAAUGGAGUUCAAGGAGCUGACGAAGAAGGACGCGCAGACGCAGCUGUCGCACGAGAUCCAGAAGCUGCUACAGACGUGCGUGUCGACCGCCGCGAGGGAGAGCGCCGCGCAGGAGCUCGAGGGCUUUGAGCGGCUCUUUGGCCGCUUCAUUAAUGAGGCGGGGCCUUCCGUUCACUGGGACCAGAUACAGAAACUCGACGAUGAGGCUGUGCGACAAUACAGCGACCUGCAGCGGCCGUCUGACGAGGAGCUGUCCAAGCUGCUCGACAAGCUCGUGGUCGUGAAGCUCAACGGUGGACUGGGCACGUCCAUGGGAUGUCAAGGCCCCAAGUCUGUUAUCCCCGUGAGGUCUGAGCUCACUUUCUUGGACUUGACUGUGCAGCAGAUCGAGCAUCUGAACAGAACGUAUAACUCGAGCGUGGCGCUGGUGCUGAUGAAUUCAUUCAACACUGAUGAGGACACCCAGAAAGUCAUCAGGAAAUAUCAAGGCCUCAACGUCAAACUCUACACGUUCAACCAGUCCCGCUACCCCAGAAUCAACAAGGAAUCUCUCAUGCCCAUAGGGCGCACGAUGGGCACAGACACGGACCUGGAGGCGUGGUACCCGCCCGGCCACGGCGACUUCUAUGAGGCCUUCAGCAACUCAGGCCUCCUGCAGGAGUUCAUCAAUCAGGGCAAGGAGUACGUGUUCAUCUCUAACAUUGACAACCUGGGAGCGACUGUGGAUCUGAACAUCCUGAACUUCCUGGUGGGGGAGGAGGCACAGCAGCAGCCACCGUGCGAGUUCCUCAUGGAGGUCACGGACAAGACGCGCGCCGACGUCAAGGGCGGCACGCUUAUUAAGUACGACAACAAACUCAGGCUGCUCGAGAUCGCGCAAGUCCCCAAGGAUCAUCUCGAAGACUUUAAGUCUGUCAAAACCUUCAAGAUUUUCAACACCAACAACUUGUGGAUCAAAUUGGACGCGAUGGCGCGCGUGGUGCAGAACCAGAGCCUGGACAUGGAGGUGAUCAUCAACCACAAGACCCUCGACAACGGCCUCAACAUCAUCCAGCUCGAGCAGGCCGUCGGCGCCGCCGUCAAGAGUUUCAACGGCGCUCAUGGUAUAAACGUGCCGAGGUCGCGGUUCCUGCCCGUCAAGAAGACUGACGACCUCCUGCUGGUCAUGUCCAAUCUCUACCGCCUGCAGAACGGUGCCCUCAUCAUGUCCCCUCUCAGGAUGUUCCCCACCACGCCCCUCGUCAAGCUCGGCCCCAACCACUUCGCUAGAGUCAAGGAGUUCCUGAAGAGGUUUGCGUCGGUGCCCGACAUGCUGGAGCUCGACCACCUCACCGUCUCCGGCGACGUCACCUUCGGCAAGGGCGUGUCCCUGAGGGGAACCGUGAUCAUCAUCGCAAACCACGGCGAUAGGAUCGACAUCCCGCCCGGCGCGAUCCUCGAGAACAAAAUCGUCUCCGGUAACCUCAGGAUCCUGGACCACUAAAGCUGGGACGAGUCCCUGCCUACUGAGCUCUUCUAUUGGGACGUCGCCCCCCGGUCCUGACACAAGCGACGUGGGCGCCAUCCUCUUCACAAAAGAAACUGGAAAGGUCUUACUUAACAAGGAAGGUUUCUUGUCCGCAUUUAGUUCUGUUACAAAACGUCGCAAGUUUUUGCUCGUUGACAUUUUUGUUUAAAUCAUACAUGGCUUCUGAUUUGUAACGUGCAGUUUUGAGGACCAUUCCUCCCAAAUACGUGCGUUUUAUCUUAUGUUGAAUUUAGUUUCUCCAGAAGCAGGCCUACUUCCUCUUUCAAAUGUGCGAAAAAAAUGUCGUUAAUUCUGAGCUUCUCACACUUUUCGCUGCAUAAGGUGCAAUUCGGUUGAACCAUUCUAAUUUCAUCGCAGAUAUUUUAACUUGCAUCAAAACUGACUAAACUUUUUUAGAUUUGUUUGA